AUGAAUGUCAAUGAGGCUUCAAUGGAAAACUAUGACCAGUUGAAUGAAGCGCUUGCUGGUACGGACCACUCAUGGACAGCUCUAAUGCUGAAGCUUUGCAAUGCUCUCGAAACUGCAAACAAGUUGGUCCAGUCUACCAACUCUCAUGUUGGCAUGCUGUCGGAGAAGGUUAGGGAGCUGGAGAGAAUUAUCAAUAGGGCAGAUUCUGCCGUUGCAGCAGCCAAAGGCAUCCACAACUCUCCAAAAUAUUCAACUGUCCAGGCCUGA